AUGGAUAUACCACCGGGAAUCAACAUAGAAGCCGCAAAUGAAUCAAAAGUAUGCAGACUAAAAAAGGCAUUAUAUGGCCUUAAGCAAUCACCUAGAGCAUGGUUUGGAAGAUUUUCAACAUCUAUGAAAAAGUUUGGGUACAGCCAAAGCAAUGCUGACCAUACUUUAUUUAUUAAGAGGAAAGAGGAAAAGAUCACUGCUCUGAUAGUAUAUGUUGACGACAUGGUGCUCACUGGAGAUGAUUUAGAAGAAAUGGAGAAAUUGGAAAACUACUUGAAUACCGAAUUUGAAAUGAAAAGCUUGGGAGAACUAAAAUAUUUCCUGGGGAUCGAAAUCUCAAGAUCAAAGCAAGGAAUAUCUCUUUCACAGAGAAAAUACACUCUGGACUUGCUAACAGAGACAGGGAUGCUGAACUGCAAACCAACAGGAACUCCUAUGGAAAUGAAUCACACACUAGGUAUUUAUCCUGACCAAAUAGCUACUGAUAUUGGGAGGUACCAAAGAUUAGUAAGGAGACUGAUCUAUCUAUCUCACACACGACCAGAUAUUGCUUAUGCAGUAAGUGUGGUAAGUAGAUUUAUGCAUUCUCAUAGUAUUGAUUAUAUGGAAGCAGUAUUUCGAAUUUUGAGGUAUUUAAUGGGAACAGUUGGCAAGGGUUUAUUAUUUAAAAAAACCAAUAUAUCCUCCAUUGAAGGUUACUGUGAUUCAGACUGGGCAAGGGACAAAACAACUAGGCGGUCAACCUCAAGAUACUUUACAUUUGUAGAAGGAAACUUGGUUACUUGGAAGAGUAAAAAACAAAAGGUGGUUGCUAGAUCUAGUGCAGAAGCAGAAUAUAAAGGAAUGGCACAGGGUGUUUGUGAAUUGCUUUGGAUAAAAAAAGUUCUGUAA